AUGCAUCUUUUAGGCGACUUAGCCAAUAUAACAUCGUUACGUUUAGAAGAUUUACUUAAAGAUUUAGAUGAACCUGAUAAAGAACGUCAAGCAUUUGUUGAUGAUACUCGACAAUUUUUUGAACAACGUCUUUCAAUUUAUGAACAAAAACGAAAUGAAUUAGAAAAUUCAAUUAAAAAUUUAAUUGAACAAACGUAUCCAUUAUAUGAUGAACUUCAAUUACCACGAAUAACAUUUGAUAAUAAUCAAAUGACAUUAAUUGAAAAAAAAAAUUUUAUUAAUGAAAAAAUCAAUGAAUUAAAAAAUAUGAUAUUAGAACGUAAUAAAGAACUUAUUCAAUUACGACAAUUAAUUAUUAUUAAAGCGAAAUUAUGUGGAAAUAUUAAUAUUAAUAUUGAUGAGGUUAGAAAAUCAAUUCAUUUCUAA